CAGAGCGGCAAACAGCUGUCUCCACCUUGCACAAAUCUCUUCAGAUGGCCUGUCCAUGUUUAGCCUCACUGAGGACAACUCAUCUGGCAGGGCAAUAGACGUUUUAUUGUAGUUCUACUAAAUGAUGGAAGACAGUAGGUAACACUUAUUUAUCCGUGACAGGACCUGAGGCAGGCUGACCUCUGAAUACGUGAGUCAUAUUUAAGUGCAAUGUGUGUGUUCACAUUGGUUAUAUAAAGGCAGCUUUGGUGUCAAACAUUUUUGUGUAACCUGAAAAGACUGGCAUGUGGUAGGCACUUAAGGGGGAGGGAGACAUUGAGAGCGCUUAAUGAAUCCAUCUUGCAAGGACAGAAACCGAGAAUUAGUUGUGACUGCUGGUGAAAUGCUACACAUAGAUUGACUGUGGCACACUUUCUAAGGAAAAGAGACUUGGCUAUGUUGGAAUAUUACCAGAUACUGAUUUAUAAAUGUGCAAUAAGCUAAAGUGAAUUGAUGAUACCCUUCCUGCUCUUUUGAGAUUCAGGGAGUUUCAAAGCACAACUGUGAUCGGCAACCUACUGAGCAUCAAAGCUACUUUGAUCUCAGGCUGAUAGCAUGAGCUGUUGUCCAUCAUUUAUCUCUGUCUUCUCUGGGCUGACACUCUCUCUUUCUCUCAAACACAAAAGUAUAUUGAUUUAGCUUUAUGAUACCUCUAAUGUCAGCAACAGCUUAUAGUGGAAAAGCACUGCUGAACUGAUUUUAGUGGGUCAGUUGGGGUGUGUGUGUGUUCCUUGGAUAGGCUUCGGCUCCACCACAACCGUGACCAGAGUAAAGUGGUUACUGAAGAUUAAUGAUAAUUGUAAGAAAAUCAUAUCAUCCAUCCAUUUUCUGUACCGCUUAUCCUACACAAAGCCUGGAGCCUAUCCCAGGGACUUGGGGUACAAGGUGGGGGACACCCUGGACAGGGUGCCAAUCCAUCGCAGGGCAUAACUGCAUACACAUUCACACACCCAUUCGACAAUUUAGAGAUGCCAAUCAGCCUACAAUGCAUGUCUUUGGACUGGGGAAGAAAACUGGAGUAAUCUGAGGAAACAUCAGAAGGAAAAGCACAGGGUGAACAUGCAAACUCCACACACACACACAGGAGGAAGCAGGAUUUGAACCCCCAACCCAGGUGGUGCAAGGCAACUGUGCUAACCACUAAGCCACCAUGUCCCCCAAAAUCAUAAUAAUCAUCAUCAUAUCAUUUUAAAAUAACAGUAUUUUAUCUGUUUACUUUUUUUGUAUUUGCUUGAUAAUCAGGACAAAAUCUUUUUUUUUUUUUCUUUUUUUUUGAAAAAACAAAUAUAUUGUGCUCAGAAGUUGUAGGCGGUCAUGUCUGGCACACUUCUUCUUCUUUUUUUUUUUGAUAUUGUAUUAUUGAUCAAUUAUUGUUUUUUAAAACUUUUUUUUUUAAAUGUUUUACUUUGAACAACAUUUUCUCCUCUGGUUUCAAAAUGACAAUUUUACCAAAAGUUCAAAACAGUCACUAUUUUAUUGAAGCCAACGAGCAGCUCCUUCUUAAGUGAAAUCAUCACUUUUUUGUUGUUGUUUUGCCAAGCCAGUUGCGUUGUCGCUGGAGCACCACCAUCCCGCUCUCUCUAUUCAAUUCAGUUCUCUCUCUCUGUGUGUGUGUGUGUGUGUGUGUGUGUGUGUGUGUGUGUGUGUGUGUGUGGUGACGACACCAUGACAUCAUGUCUUGUUCUCUCACUCCCUCUGCAGUAUGGGCAUGUCUCUCAGUCUGUCGCGGAAGAAACAGGAAGUUAAAAAAAAAAAAACCCCGAGCAAAACACGGAAGUGGAGCGGCUUUAGUUAGAUCAGCGGGAAAGUGAAAGCAAAUCAGGCCGGAACAGUAGGACGCACAGGCAAUGCUAAGGAAGUGUUAGCUUCACUUCAACUGCUGAGACACAGAAACCGACCGAGAGAAUAAUAAGACCAAGAAUCUCGACUGUAGUUAUUUCAGUCACACGGCGAGCACACAGGCUUAGAGGCUUCCCUGGGACUACUGUCUCUCUUCCUAGACUGCUACCCCUCCUUCCCCCUUUCUUCAAUAUGAACCCUCCAGGGGCAUGCAGGGAUAGAUGCAAUGAUGAUGACCUGCCCCAGAUGGACGGCACAUGUGACGCGUGUGAACCAGACGAACCGCAGGCCGCUACGCAAAUGUGUGUGAUUUGCCGCUUUGCCUUUUGUGUGGUCCACGCAGAGAAACACGCACGCAGCACCAGACAUCCACUUCAGCCCUACACACCCCCAGAGCCUGGAGUAAAUGCCAAUGCCCACGUCAAUGCUGAACCUGAGGCAAAUGAAAACCGGCUGGAGGAGGCCGAGGCUGCUGGGGGUAGAGGUGAAGAGAUGGAGGAGCAGGACAAGGAGCAAAGUGCGCGUGAAUCAGGAAAGAGAGACACAGUGACUGUAGAAAGACUGAGAUGUAAGGAACAUGGAGAGGAGGGCUCAUUGUACUGCAAACAGGAUGAAAAGAUUGUGUGUGUGUUGUGUGCUGUUCAAGGAGAUCACCGAGGACAUGAGAUCAUCACACUCCGGGAAGCCUACAUGUGGCAGAAGAGUAAAGAGAGCAUAGAUCUGCUAGCGUGUACUCAAGAAGUGUCCGAGAAGAUCAAGACCAAGUGGACCAGUCCAGAUAUGAGCCCAGACGAGCUAGAAUGCUACGUGAACCAGCAGUUUGACGAGCUACAGAGGCUGGUGCGUCUGGAGGAGUGGCGCGUUCUUCACCUGGUAGACCUGAAGGAGGCCUUUUUGACAGCACACGCUGCAGAGAAGAUUGCUGAGAUCAGCGUUCACACUGAGAAACUGCAGGAGGAGAUGGACUCAAUCACACAGCAGCUGGGUGAGCUUGACCAUGCUGAGCAAAAUGGCGUAGCCCCAGCUGACCUGGCACCUCUGCUGGCAGGACAACCACGGCCGCAUGGUGCUGCUCGUCUGGAACCAAGGCCUCUGAUGGGCCCUGAAGCCAGACCAAGACUACCUGCUCAGCAGCGAGACCCUCAGGAUCCUCGAGACUAUGGAGAUGGAGAAGACUCUUCCAUGGGCCAUGCUCCGUAACAGCAACAGCAGAGUCGAACAUCUACAAUCUUCUGCCUUAUUCUUAUGAACUGGGACAUUGGAGUGGACGGUCUGUCUUUAUAGCUACAGAAACUACCUUUCUGUAUCGAUUUUCUGCAUGGAUUGUUGCCUUUUAACGUUCAGUCUUUGCUGCUUGUCUUCUCAUGAGGAAAAGGAUGAAUUGAAUGGAGUUGAUUGCAGUCAGAGUGAGUCUUCAACACCAGUCAGACACUUGGCUGAGGAUGUGCAGCUGAACGACGCAAAUUAAAAGACGGGAAUGUAAACCAAAUCCAGUUUGCCUUCGCUUGUAUAUUAGUCAUGAUUAUAGUGCUGGAUUUGUGGAAUAUGAAUUCCCAACCUAGUAUACAAGUGCAGUGUAUACUAGAUUGCAUCAAUUCUUGGACAGUUGCAUUAUUAUUUUUUCAGUUUUACCCCAUUUCCUCCCGAUUUGUUUACUUUUCUGUUCUCACCCACCAGCUAUGCAUAUCCUGUCACAUGACAGAUACCAACCAUGGAGGAUGAAAGCUAGCACAUGCUUCUUCAGAAACAUGUGAAGCCAGCCACUGCAUCUUUUGAAUGGCUGCUCAUGCAGCACAGGGCAGUGUAACACGCUCAAGCCCAACGUAUACUUCGGGCUGCGCCUGAAACCGCAUGUAUUUUGCAUCAUAUAUAGUAGGUUAAGCCUCUGGCAUACUUUUUUUUUACGUGUACGCUAGCGUAUGCACGCAGUCGUACGCAUAGUCUUUCAAAGUAUACUCCAUUUGACAUGUACGUGUACACAGGCGGUCAACGCAUGCGCAUUACGACAACUUGCACUACCCCUCCUGGCCUACAGGAGUCAGUACGGAGCACUAACUACCUUGAGAAUCAACGGCCCUGGAACAACUAAAUAGUGCAAAAGAAUUAAGUGCGUACAAAGUACACGUCACACGUACUGUACACUGUUCCUAGCGUACGUGUAAAAAGUGAAGUAUACUUUGGGCUUCAGAGGAAGGUGCUAACUGCCCUCUCAUAUGAGCUCACAGACACCCACGAUUAUAACGCUCUCCCUCCCACCCAAAGAGCACGGCCAAUUUUGCUGUCUCGCUUUGGCACUGUCAUGAUCCAAACCCUUCAAUCUCCUGAUGAUCAGAGCCACUCAGGAGCCAUAAAAACUGAUGGUGGUAAGAAAGGAUGGAAAUUGUUGGCUGUUGUUUUCCAUACAUAGAUUCAGUACUGCAAAAUGCCUUAAAAAACAACAUCAGUUUGGUGAAAACUCCAAAAGUGAGUUUGAUGCAAGAGAUACAGAAAAGAGAGAAAAAUCACCAAAAAAAAAAAAGAAUCGUGUCCAUAUUAACAUGGAAUGCCUCUGUCUGAACUGUAGCAAGCAAAUUAGGCAGUAACAGGUUGUUUUUCAUCUGUCUCAACAUGAGGAAAAAUGUCUCAUCUAUGUGUAAUUAUUGUAGGAAACUAUGGGCUUUUGUAAAUGGCACUCAUGUAAGUACAUGCAAUCAUUUUUCAAGUUUUGUAUGGCUGUGUAAAUAUGUGUAGCAUCUCCUCACUGCCACUUUUUAGUUUUGUGCUAGAACAUAUGACCUUCAUUUAAUGUGCUCUUUUGUUGCUUAUGAUGCUGAUGAAAAUGUCACAGGUUUUGUUCAAAAAAAAGUAUGAGAUGCCUUCAAAUCCACUAAUCAUUUGAACAGUCAAAAGAAUUUCAUUGUACAAUAAAAUUCAUAGGGUGUGGUUCUAUCAAAUUGUAGGAAGUACAAACAUAUGUGUUGUGUAUAAACACACAAUACUACACAAAAUGCAAAGAUGCAAAAAAAAAAAGCACAGUGGUAGCUCAGUGGUUAAGAUGUUAGACUUCUGAUCAGACGGUCAUGAGUUCAAAUCCCAGCACUGUCUGCUCAGAAGCUAAGGGCUCCUGAGCAAGGCCCUUAACCCUCAACUGCUCCAGUGAAUAAAUGAUGAAUGUAAGUCACUCUGGAUAAGGUUGUCUUCCAAAUGCUAUAAAUGCAAAAUGUACAAGAAACUGUGUUUACAGUAUGUUGUAAGAGGACAAACAGGUUGUUCCAUGUUUUUCAGUGGAGCAGUGCAAUUUUAGAAAAUACUCUAAAUGGCUUGUUUCAAAAUCCUAUUAAGAAAACUUAAAAUGCUGUGAUGUAUGUAAGGCCACCCUCCUUGAGUCCAUCAAUACAUAUUAUCGAUAGAUAGAAAACCAUAGGUAAUGAUUAGAGAUGCAUCAAUACUAAAUUUCUUAGCCGAGACCGAUAACCGAUUAUUCAGAGUGAUAUCAGCCGAUACCGAUACCGACAGUUCUGCCUUUUAUGCCUUCUUAUAAAUUAAUUAAUAAUAAUUAAUUCCACAAUUUUGAAGGAAAUGCAAAUAAAAACGUUAUUCUCUCCAUUUCAUCAAGUUGUUUCACAGUAACUGGUCUCAUAAAAAGAAAACACAUUACUCUAAUUAACAUUAACACAUGAACUCAGUUCUGAAGAUUAAAGUAAGAUUUCUUAACUUAUUGAAUGUUAUUAAUUCAUAUUAACAUUGAGUGAAUUCUAAAAAACCUCCUGUUAGUCUCACAUUCACUCACCACAAACAAAAGCAUUUCUACUUCAUCACUGACAUCAAACUGGUAAAAUAUAAUAUCAACUUUUUUAUAUAUUAAAAUUAAUGGGAUAUGAAAUACACUAUAAAUAUAUUUUUCUGUGCAAUAUAUACUUUUUUGUCGACUCAUCUUCACUGAAAUCUUUCAACGGUGUACUGGCGCUUUAAUUCAGCUCGAGCAGCUUGGCAAAAAGAAAAUUAGACUCUACGCUGAAACUCCCGCGUCACUGCUGCUCACUUCCGGUGUAGAAUUUUAGCAGUACAGAGAUAACAAACUGCAGUUUUGUCGUCAUUCCACACAAGAGACAUCAUCUUUACACACAGCACAAAUUCAAUGUGUUUUCCCGCUCUCUUUUUAUUGACAGGAUAUAAUCGGCCCU